UAUAGUUCUAUCAUGCCUUACUCUUCUGUAUCUUGAUACUUUGUGGGUUUGUUUUGUUUUUAAAGAAAACUGUGCAAAAUUCUGGAUUAUACAAGCAAAUUCUCUUGUAUAUUGUGUUGUGAGUUGAGUAUUUGGGGUUUUGAUUUGUCCUUCAAAUUCAGCACCCUUGGUAAAUUUUUAAUUCCUUAUUAGCAAAAUAGAAGAUCUCUUUGUUUAAAACUCAUUGUUAUGGAACUGAAUGUUCUGAAUGUUUAGUCAGAUUGAAUCACGCAAAUAAGAGAUGGAUCCCACUCCUGCAUGCACUUCUGAAUUAAAAAAUAACUUUUCUGAUAUUGUUGCACUGAUGUGAGGUAUUGGAAUAGUUAAAUAUGUGCAAAAGUAUUUGUAGGAUUGAGGUUUGUCUGUGGCUUAGCAAAUCCUUGCAUUUCUAUAGCAAUCUGACAAUUGGUUGGCUCAUUUCACUGGUUUAAUAUAAUUUCAUUCUUGGAAAUGUAUUGUAAGAUUACCUGUUAUGGAAAGCAAAGAUGAUUACAGUAUGUGAGGCUCCCUUCACUCCUUAGAAGCGGAGUGGGAGGAUGGGAGAAGGCAUCUAGCUUGUCAACACAUGGUUCCACUAAAGGCUCUUUGCUCUUACAUUGUCCUCCUUGCUUCUUACGUUUUGUAAGGCUCUUCUGAUCAGAAUAAUAUCCCAAAUUCAUUAAAAUUCAAAGGUUUUAGUUGUAGAGGGGCGACUUGCUCAUCUAGAGUCAUAAAACCAUAUUGAGAAAUUACUGAAACACUUGACACAAAAUUCAAUUAGAUAAAAGUCUGUUGACGAAAUUGAGGCAUUACUUUUCUAUUUUUAAUGUGAAAAAGUAAUAAAAAUAUUAGAAAUGUGUCAAAUGCUGUGAUGCAAAAAAGUUGAAUUUCAUUAGGUCUUCAUUCCAUAUAAUUGAAGCAAAGAAAUGCAAUGAUUUAACAGGGAUCAGAGCAGAUAUAUAUACACAUAUAUACAUAUAGCAAACUCAAUAACAUCUCGAAUUAUAAUAGAGUUAAAAUAGUGAAGCUGCAAGAUCCUGAUCCUUCUGAUCUACGUGGAUUAUCAGAAAAGUGCACACCAGAAUUUUUCUCCUCUUGGUACUGUAUUCUCUCUUAUGGUUACAAGGCUUGGUAGAAAUGCCUUUCAAAAACCCACAUUUCCUUUAGUAUCUCUCAAAUAACUGUGUAAUGCAGCAGAAUCCAAGUUAUUUCUUUUAUUUUAUUUUGCCUCUCCAGCAUAGAAAGCCUUAAAAAUAAAAUAAAACAUGUCAACCAAGACUUUUUUCCUGUGGAGUAAGUUUUAGUGUCUUAUGCCCAAGGCUUGAUUUUUUUUUUUUGAACACCGUAGGAAGAAGGUAGAUGAGAAAUAGCCUUUGACUACAACAAGCUGAAAUGUUUGAGGUGGAUUGCUUUUAUACUAGGCCUGUUUCAAUAUAUACUUAGAGUUAGUUCAAGAAAUACUGAAUUAUGGACCAUUAAUAACUAUGAAGGCAAAAUCACUGAAUGCCUAAUUUGAUUUUUGAUAUACACAAAGUAAAAUUUUAAUAGUUAUAUAGGGCUAGAAGUAAAUAUUUUGAGUAGUGAGAUUGUAUGAGCAAGCAUGGCUCUCUCUAAAAACUUAUUUAAAUGCUUUAUAAUAUUUUUCUGUGUUUGAUUCCUGGAACAGGGACUAUAAAAUUUUAAGAUGGCUUGAUAGAGGAUCAGAACAUAGCCAGGCUGACUGAGGAGAGUCCAGGAAAGGUGGUACAUGCCAGAGCCCUGCUCUUCCAGCCCUUGUGCGUCCUCCUGCGCCACCCUUGCAGCCAUCGCUGGAUAUCAAGCCGUUCCUGCCGUUUCCUCUGGACACUGCCGCAGCAGUGAAUCUCUUCCCCAACUUCAAUGCAAUGGACCCAAUUCAAAAAGCUGUAAUAAAUCAUACGUUUGGAGUUCCUCUUCCUCAUCGAAGAAAGCAAAUCAUAUCAUGCAACAUUUGCCAGCUGAGAUUCAAUUCUGAUAGCCAGGCUGCGGCCCACUACAAAGGCACUAAACAUGCCAAGAAGCUCAAAGCACUGGAAGCCAUGAAAAAUAAGCAGAAAUGUGUUACUACCAAGGACAGCGCAAAGACUACCUUCACUUCCAUCACUACCAAUACCAUCAAUACCAGCUCUGACAAAACAGACGCUAACACAGGGACACCAGCAAUAUCAACGACGACAACCGUGGAAAUCCGGAAGAGCAGUGUUAUGACAACUGAGAUCACCUCUAAAGUGGAGAAAAUCCCCACAACAGCCACUAGCAGCAGCACUUGCCCUUCCGUGGAGACUGAGGAAGAAAAAGCAAAAAGACUGCUGUACUGUUCACUAUGCAAAGUCGCUGUCAACUCUGCCUCACAGCUGGAGGCGCACAACAGUGGGACUAAGCACAAAACUAUGCUGGAAGCUCGGAAUGGAAGUGGAACCAUAAAAGCCUUUCCUCGGGCAGGCGUAAAAGGCAAAGGACCUGUGAAUAAAGGAAACACAGGUCUUCAGAACAAAACAUUUCACUGUGAAAUAUGUGAUGUGCACGUAAACUCUGAGACACAACUGAAACAGCACAUAAGCAGUAGAAGGCACAAAGACAGAGCUGCUGGGAAGCCACCUAAACCUAAAUACAGCCCUUACAACAAACUCCAAAAGGGAACACAUCCUCUAGGGGUAAAAUUAGUAUUUUCAAAGGAACCGUCAAAGCCGAUGGCCCCACGAAUCUUACCAAAUCCGCUAGCAGCUGCAGCAGCAGCUGCUGCUGUGGCUGUGAAUUCCCCCUUCAGUCUUCGCACAGCCCCAGCAGCCACCCUUUUCCAGACUUCAGCACUUCCUCCAGCACUCCUACGACCAGCUCCUGGGCCUAUACGGACCACCCACACUCCUGUGCUGUUUGCUCCUUACUGAACUCCAAACAGGAAUUAAUUGUACUGCAAUAAUUUUUCAAAUCAAAAGAAACAACAACAACAAAAAAAUGAAAAUCAAGAACAUUGAACUAUGCAGUGUUUAUUUAUAGUUUAAAGUAUAUAUGAAGAGCCAGAACUUUUGAUAGAGAACUGAACAAAUUCUGAAAGGGGAAAUGGGCAGUAUUUUCUCCAGAUGAGAACAUUUCUCUUGAGCAUUGAUCGUUUUAGAACUGAUCUCCAGCAUUGACUUGUAGUGACAUAUAAAACUUAUAAAGCCUUUUGACUGUGCAUUUUGGCACAUAUUUCCCUGCAAUGUCUUUCCUGCUUUAUGAAACAACUUACAAAUUUGUCUAAAGGGCAUUAACUGGUUCCAAUGUAUAUAAAAUACUUUAUUCUGUAGAUUAAAGAAGAAGGAAAAAAAAAAGAAACACUGUGAAUAGUAGUACCCUUACCAAUCCUGCCAAAUCAGCAGUUACUGGGUAUUUAUCUGAACAAAAGUAGAUACAAUAGAUGUCUUGUAAAACAGUAGUAUUGUGUCUCUAUCUAUGCCACUAGGUUUCUAACUGAGUUGCAAAAGACAAAAUGAACAAAAUUAUGUCACUUUGGUAAGUAGUCAAAAAAUUAUUACAAUAAGAUGGAGCUGUUCCUAGUGAGCAAAGUUUUCCUCACUCACAGAAGAAUGAAAAUAAUCAAAGUUAGGGCAAAAAAAGUGAUAAAGAAGAUCUAGUGGGGGAAAAAUAAUUCAGAUGCUGUACACAGGAUGGAUCAAACCUUUAUUUAACUGAAAAUGUAUGUGUACACUGUGUGUUUAUUCAAAGAGUGUAAUACAUACAGGAUAGAUCAAUGUUUAAGACAUGACAGUGGAAAACAAAAAAUAUGCUCUUGUCAUGAAACAGGCCUGACACUCCAGUGUUGAGCAGAGGGAAGACACAAAUCACUUACACAGAGUCAUAACUGACAAAUGAAAAACAGAAGAGAAAUCCUGGUCUCAUUUAAGUCAGUUUAAAGUUCCUUCUGACUGCAGUGUAGCCAGAAUUUCAUCCCAAGAAUGGCACAUAUACAUUUUAUAUCACACCAGUGGGAGUGUCUGUAGAUACAGGUAAUAUUUUUUGCAAUAGGCUUAGUCUUAGCAGCAGACUUACUCCCUUGUUUUAUUUCCUACUGAUGUGAUAUAAAAUGUCUUAAUAUACCUAUAAAAUGUAAACAGUGACACAUGAGAUACAUAUUACGAGAUAACUGCACAUCAUGGGUUUGGAACAAAUACAACUUUUAGGAUCUCAAGGGACCCUUGAAUUCUGUAGCUGACUGUUAUGUACGGACAGCUUAAAGCCUUAUAUAUUUACUGUGAGGCUUAAAGGGGUUGACUGUGUCCCUUUAAAGUAAGAUUUAUCAGGGGUAUAUAUAGAUAUAUUGUAUAUAUGUUAGAGUAAGAAAAAUAACUUAUAAACAGAAAAUCUACUAUAUAAAAAUAAUUAUAUAACCAUUGAUUUCACAUGUGGGUCAUUAAGUGGUAAGUAACAAACAACAGAGAAAAAAAUAGACUUCUUGAAUCUGAUCCUUGCUGCCUGCUUUUUCCCAUAGGGAGCUGAAAAGUAUCUAUUAAUAUUAUGGAGUGUGCUGCUGAGUCUCAUGCAACCACUCUGAUGUGUAGCUAAGUGAAAUGCCUACCGUACAUUUAGGCAGAAUAAUAUUUAAAAGCAUAAUUUAAGUUUAGAUGGGGAAAUAAUUUGAAAGAUUUUAUUAAAAGGCAGUAAUGCAAAAUAUUGACCAUGUGGUUGCUAUAUAAUGCUGCCUGUGGUUAAUGCAGACAGGUGGGAGAUAUACAAGAUGGGAAUAUACAGCACUUUUGACUUGCAGUUCAUCAGUGAGCCUUCCAUAUACAUUCGUAUUUGCCAUUUUUUAAACCUCUCCACAUUUAGAUUUUAUAAAAAAUAUAUAAAGAGAGAGAAAGAAGAGGUUCCAUGGAUAUCUGUGUCCAAAGAAUUCCAAAGAGAUGCAUUUAUUUAUCUAGAAGUAUUAAAAUAAGUUCUAUAUUAUGUAUUUGUAUUUCAUCCAGUUUAUUUGCAAACGUUUGUGCCUUGAAAUGAAAUGAGCUUUUGUUUAUAUUAAAUUCACACCUAUGUAGCCAUGAAAAAGAAAUUAUGGUGAUUCCAGGGCUAAUUACCAGCUGGAUUGCUUUGGCCUAACUUUCAAAACAACAGUAUGAGUAAGUUCCUGAAGCCAAGUUUAGACAUCUAAAUAACUAGGGGCUGACAUUUAAAAGGGCUCUCUACUCUACAGCUCCCAGUAAAGAGGCAGUAAAUAAGCCAGCCUUCAAAACCUGCUUCUCACACUCAAUUUAGAAAAUGUUUCAUUUUAUUUGGGUACAUGAGAUAGUAAGAUGCAGUGGACUUGGUCUUUUAAGCCUGCUUUCAAACUUCCAUCUGUUUGCAGAAGCUGUAAUGCCAUUGCCAGCUGCAUUCAGAUUCCUCCUUGAAAAGGGCAGCAGCUUUCAAGCUGUGCUCCAUGAACUACCACUUGUUUCCAGAGCCUUUUGUAAGAGCGUGUGUAAGAAAGAUCUUUCUAAAGGAGCAGAGGAGCACUCACAUUUUGGGAAGGUAGAAGAUCUGGGCAGGCUAUUUUUUCCCCAUGAGGAAUCAGGCAGAUGAGAAAAUGGGAGAUAGACAAAUAUCCCGAAGGCUCUUAUGCACAGCCUUCUGGUGCAUGGACACCUGCUGUACAUCCUGCCAUGUUGUGAUGCCAUCAAAAUCAACAGGCUGAUCCUUGCCAAAACGUGGCCUGUGGCAUGUAUGGAGGCACAGUACUAAGGGCAGAGUUCAUACAAAUUUUGCUAGAAAUAAAAGAGUGUCAUUCCAACUACUUUACAUCAGCUAAUUUGCAAUGACACCUUCGGUUUUCUUGGACCUCUUUUGUCACAGUGCUCUAUGGAACAAGUUUUUGUUCACACAAGUCUCUUUUAAAGUUCAGCUGUAAACAACAAACUCAGUUCUUUUUGUCUCUUACUCACUACCUAAUAAAGGAUAAAGCCUAAAUGUUAGAA